CGGAUCACUAGGUAGUUUGAUACAUUCUCCUUUAAUCUUCAAUAUUCAACCAUAAUUGUCGUUUCUAUUUUGCGCCCACUUUAAUUCCCAAGAUUUCUGAGAUAACGAGACUUUGAGAGUGGAUUGUAAUUGAGGUCUGGUCGGCAAGAGAGUAAUGAAUUAAUGGGAGAUUUGGAUUGAGAUUCAUAGCGAGGGAUAAUAUUAAUGGAGGAAGAGUUAGAUUUGGAUUUGGGGCUGAAGGCUGCGAUACGGGAGGACUCGGGAUCCCGGAUACAGUUACAGAUGCAAACACAGCAGAUGCCAUCGACUAUGCAGCAAUCGCAAUCGCACACCCAACAAUCGCAUGCGCAGAAAUUGAGAGAGGAAGCUGCACGAAGAGGGGAGACGAGGGAUACUAUAAUGGGGGAGAGGGCUCCGAGACUGGAAAGGAGUCCACAUCCAUAUCACAAACGACAUGAGGAGAUCCCGUUUGGGAGCGAAAGGAGUGAGAGGAAUCCGGUUGUUGGGAAUUCGAAGGGAGAAGAAUGGACUUCCCGAGUGUCUGCCUCGAAACCGCCUUCCUUUAAAUCCUCUUUCAAUCUCAGACCUUCUAGCUCUCGAACGAGAACAUCUUCGUCAGGAGCUCUCGUCUCGCCAUCACCUUUACGUUCGGCACAAAACACAGACGAUGAAUUUUAUAAUGGUGUCAGGGUAACAGUCGAUGGAUCGUCAAAUGGGUAUAUCGAAUUUACGAAUAGCGAUAGUGGGACUGAGGCAGAUGAUGAACAUUUUCUCAAAGGUCUGCCUGCUCCGAGAAUAAAACCACAUAAAGGAUUGAGAGGUGUAGAUGGUAAUAUAUCAAGUACGCCUAGUCCAUUGUUGAGUCCGGCGAUUUUGGAUGAUGAAAUUCGUUGGAAGGAAAAUGGGAGGAUUAGAUCUACAGUACCGACUUCGAAGAUACUUACGGAAGAGGAACAGAAAAAAUUGAUUGAGAAGUUUAAACAGAGAAGGAAGAUUGAAAUUAUGAGGAGAACGACUGAGGCGUGUUUAUUAUGUUUUGUGGGGGGUAUAAUAUAUCGGAGUCAAGGAGUUGAGGAAAUACUCUAUCUGUGGAAGAAUGAACUUGGGUGUCAAAUUCUUAUUAUAAGUGGUUUAAUAGCUUUAUAUCCACUUCGACUGUUACGACAUCUAAGCUCGCGAACGCCAUGGAAUUCGCCAUUCCCUCUUACUAUACCUGCAACAUUUGAUCCUGCUCCUUUAUUAUAUCCCCCUACAAUAACAAUGCUCGUUUCGAUUUUGCUUUCAGUCAGUGAUCCUAGUGGUCUAUUACCAAGUAUGAUACUUGCAAUAUCAACGUUACCGAAGAAAUUAAUACCUGCUAUUGGAGGUCUCGAAGGGAGAGAUAUGUUACAUUGGGUAUUGGCAUGUAUGCCAUUAUUUACGACAACAUUGACCAGAGCUCCGUUCUUGAGUAGAGAGUCAUUACCUCUGAAUCCUGAGGUUCUGGUUUUAAUACCACCACUUCAUCAAGCUUUGUGUACAACGCUUUACUACCUUACAACUACUAGUCUCCUAGCAGCCGAACUACAAUUGCUAUCAACUGCUCUUAUCAGUUUACUACUCAGAGCAUCAUCUCCUCAAGCGGUAAUUCUCAAAGCACUUCUUUGGGGUGGUGGUAUAGGGAUUCUAGUUACUUGUACACAUGUUCUUAGAUGGGGUGUUGCAUUAGCUCGAGUCCCCACCUGGAGAUUUAGAAGACCUGAUCCUAAAUAUUCGGGGCUCAGAUUCAGCAGGAGGUCUUUAUCAUUUGGUACAAAUACGUUGAGUGUUUUUGCUAAAGAUAGAUUCGUCAGUGAUACGAGUGAUGAUGAACUUCAUCGUCAUUAUUCACAGGGAAAGGGUGGAAAAGUACAUUCUUCGGAAUUCUCCCUCUUAGAUGGAGAGAUUUCAGGUAUUUCGAGAAGACAUACCCUACCAGGAUCUAGUCCUUCAAAAUUAAAAACUAGAACACCUUCGGGUCGGAAGAAAAGAUCGGCGUCUAUUAGUCUUCAGUCAUUUUCUAAAUUAACAUAUAAACAAGCUUCGAUUCGGAAAUGGGCAUAUGCUGUUUAUGUAUAUAUCUGUAUCCUCGUUAUUGUCCUACUGGGCAUCAGAGAGUACGUAGGCAGAGAAGCAUUGCAAGGUUAUGAACCUGUGGGAUGGGCACUGGGAUAUAUGUUUGGAGAUUUACCACAAUUUCGAUUCGAGGUUGUGAAAGCAAAUUUGCAGAGAUGGAUUCCCUUAACUUCUCGUUCUUAUUCUUCCGAUGAUUUGGAACUACAUGAACGAGUAAAGAUUUGUGCGGAAAAGGGAUGGGUAGAACGUAUUCGUACUCAGGAUUUCGGCGCGGCGAAUACACGGCUUAUACUCUUGGGUUACUGGCUUCUCAUUAUCAUUACGGGUCUCGCGAUUGUGUUCCGUCUUUCGAAAAUAUAUGAAGUGGAUACGAGGAGAAAAGUUUUUCAUUUCAUGAUGGUUUUUAUUCUGUUGCCGUCGACGUUUGUGGAUCCGAAUUAUUGUGCGUUGGCGAUGGCGUUGGUGUUGGGUGUAUUUUUACUGCUGGAUUUACUGAGAGCGAGUCAGUUACCACCGAUUAGUAGGGCGUUGGCGAAAUUUUUAACGCCGUAUGUGGAUGGGAGGGAUUUGAAGGGACCGGUGGUUGUUAGUCAUAUUUUUCUGGGGGUGGGAUGUGCGGUGCCUUUGUGGUUGAGUUUGGGGAGUUUGUCGUCUUCUUCGUCUUCUUUUUCUUCUUCUUCUUAUUCUUCGACGGGAGUGCUUGAUUCUGCUUCGGGAUCUGGAGUCGCUUCUGAGAGGUUUUUAUCGUCUGAGUCUCUUGAAGGGGAAGUGAGUGAUCCGUGGAAAGGAUGGGAAAUCCCGCAGAGACAGAGGGAAAUUGCUAUGGUGGCAGGAGUUAUAUGUGUAGGAUUGGGUGAUGCGGCGGCGAGUUUGGUGGGGAGAAGGUGGGGAAAGAGGAAAUGGUAUUGGGGAGGAGGAAAGAGUUUGGAGGGGAGUAUGGCUUUUAUGGUUGUGGUUGCGGUGGCGUUGGUAGGGGCGAAGGGGUGGGUGAGGGGGGGUGGAUGGGAGAUGGGGGGAUUGGAGGAGGGAGCAGAUGGAUGGAGUGUUACGGUGGGGAAAAGUAUUGUGGCGGCGGGGGUGGCGAGUUUGACCGAGGCGGUUCUCACGGGAGGGAAUGAUAAUGUGGUUGUGCCGGUGGUGCUUUGGUGUUGUGUUAAGGGGUUGGGGAUUUAG